CGUUGGGAGUUCGUUUCCACCCGGAGAGGGAUGGAAGAGCACCGGAGAGAAUCUGGCUUUUUGGUUGGAUGUUUUGGACGAUUUUCCUGGUGUGCAUGCGUGUUGUGUGUCAAGGGCGGGUUUAAAGGAAAGUGGGUGUUGACCCGCGGGCAACUGAAGUUGUUGUCGGCUGAGACUUGUGACUGCGCGGUUGCCGAGCGGCCGGGAGACGCAGAGGAGUAAAUUUAGGUGUCCGAGGGUUGCUUCUGGAGGAAGAGAGCUCUUAAGUCCUCAAAGCGGUGAAAAUUUUGUUCUGAAGCUUUAUGGACCCAGAAGAAAAUUCUAUUCAGAACUGUCGGACUAGUUUUGUUACCAAUAAUAUGAAAGGCUCUGAGUUUAGCCCGGAAAAGAAAAAAAAGGUUAAAAUACCAGCGAGGAGGCUUCGUGAGGUAGUUUCUCCAAAUCAGGGAGAUAAUUUGGCUUUGCUGAAAGAUGAGCUGUCCUGUGUUCCUCCAGCGUUGUCUGCAAAUAAACGUCUUUCUGUUAGAACGGGAAAGAACUUGAAUGGAACGUUGCAUGGUUCAUCAGACUUAACUUCUGCUACAAAUUAUCAGCAGCCUCCAUUAGAAAAUCCCACUGUGUCUGAAAGUGGUUUUUCUAAAGAUGUUACAGUGCAAAGGUUGCCUUUGAAUAAAACGGAGGAGAGCAACAGACAAAAAGCAAAUGACAUAUUUAUUUCUCAGUACACCAUGGGACAGAAAGAUGCUCUAAGAGCAGUUUUAAAGCAAAAAGCCCAAAGCAUGCCUGUUUUUAAGGAAGUAAAGGUACAGCUUUUAGAAGAUGCUGGCACAGAAAAGGAUGCUGUCAUUCAGGAGACUAGAACUUCCCCCAGUGGAAUAGACUCGGCUACAACUGUGGCUGCAGCUACUGCCGCCGCCAUUGCAACUGCAGCUCCACUGAUAAAAGUGCAGAGUGAUUUGGAGGCAAAAGUCAAUUCUGUUACAGAAUUACUCAAUAAGUUACAGGAGACAGAUAAACAACUACAACGUGUUACAGAGCAGCAGACAAGCAUUCAGAAUAAACAUGAGAAACUACAUUGUCAUGAGCAUGAAAAGCAAAUGAAUGUGUUUAUGGAGCAGCAUAUUAAGCAUCUUGAAAAAUUACAGCAGCAACAAAUAGAUAUUCAGACUCAUUUCAUUGGUGCUGCACUCAAGACUAGUAGAUUUCAGCCUGUUAUACUACCUCCUUCUAGAGCAGUGGAAAAGUAUUCUGUAAAACCAGACCAUCUGGAUUUUGGUGGCAGUUGUCUAUCUUCACAGAACACUUUUGCUUCCAAACAAGCACCUUCAAGAGAGGUUGAAGAUCUGGAUUUUAAUAAACAGAAAUCUCCUUUGGAGACACCAGCACCUCGCAGGUUUGCUCCUAUACCUGUUUCAAAGGAUGAUAAAAUAUCAAAGAGGGAGAAUCCUAUGGAAGAAAAAGAAAAUAUGGAGAUGUCACAUCAUACAGGAAAUGUAAGGCUGUUGGAACAAAUUUUGAAUAACCACGAUUCAUUGACAAGAAUAAGUGAAUCUUCAGACAAAGUCUCACUAACUAGAUCAAAAAUAGGGUGGAAUCCUGAGAAGAAAGAAAGCAUUGACAAUCUAUCCACUCAAAGAUUUCCUUCAUAUGAAGAGCUAGGAACAGCUGAACUGACUGUGCAGAAGUCUGAUGACAUUCUUCAUGAUCUUGGCCAAAAGAGGAAGGAAACAAAUGGCAUACUCCAGCCAAAAGAAUCUCUGAUUAUGUCGGGGCUUGCUGAUCUUCCACAGAAUUCCAUUAAGCUUCAGACAACCAAUAUGAGAUCUGUAUUGAAAGAUGCUGAGAAGAUUUUGAGAGGAGUACAAAACAGUAAAAAAGUGCUUGAAGAAAACCUGGAAGCUAUUAUUCGUGCAAAGGAUGGAGAUGCCAUGUAUUCAAUUAUCAACGCCCUGUCUACCAACAGAGAGAUGUCAGAGAAGAUUCGGAUCAGAAAGACGGUGGAUGAGUGGAUUAAAACUAUUUCUGCAGAAAUUCAAGAUGAACUGACAAGAAAAGAUUAUGAACAAAAGAGAUAUGGUCAGAAGAAUCAAAGGACCAGGAAAGCUCAGAUUAUGAGUAAAGAUAUUAAAACCAACACACAAGAUAAAACUAUAAACAAUUCUGUAAUUCCAAGAAAACAUUCUCAAAAACAAACAGAGGAGCAUUUUAGAAAUCCACCUACAAGGAGCAUGCCUGCUUCAAGCUUACAGAAAGAGAGAAAAGAAGGAUUUUUGAAAGCACCUCCGGUGGUAAAAGACAAGGAUUAUAUGUUACAAAUUUAUGGAAAACCAGUUUAUCAGGGUCAUCGCAGCACUCUUAAAAAAGGGCCAUAUCUCAGAUUUAAUUCUCCAUCUCCUAAGGCCAGACCACAGAGGCCAAAAGUAAUAGAACAAGUUAAAGGCACUAAAGUCAAGUCAAUAAGAACACAAACUGACUUGUGUGCAACCAAACCUACAAAGAUGGAUUCUAAACUGCAGCAUUCCAUUGCCACGCUGUCUCCUGGUGAGCAGCAGUAUUUGUUCAGCCCAAGCCGGGAAAUGCCUACUUUUUCAGGUACACUGGAAGGUCAUCUAAUUCCUAUGGCAAUUCUUUUAGGACAAACCCAAAGUAACAGUGAUUCCAUGCCAUCUGCUGGAGUCAUUGUAAGCAAGCCACACCCCAUAACAGUGACGACUUCUAUUCCACCAUCAUCUCGAAAAACAGAAACUGGAGUAAAGAAACCUAACAUAGCAGUUGUAGAAAUGAAGUCGGAAAAAAAGGAUCCUCCUCAGCUUACUGUACAGGUAUUACCCAAUGUGGAUAUUGACAGCAUUUCAAAUGGUAGUACUGAUUUUGGUCUAUCUCUGUCUUGUCCCAGAGAAGCAUCUCCUCCUCCUCCUCUGAAAACCUGGAUACAGACUCCAGAAUUUACGAAGGCAGAUGAAGAAGAAGUGAAGUUUCCAGGAACUAACUUUGAUGAAAUAACUGAUAUCAUACAGGAAGAGGAAAAAUGUGAUGAAAUUCCAGAAUACUCUGAACCAAUUCUGGAGUUUAACAGAAGUGUUAAAGUUGUUUCCACAAAAUAUAAUGGCCCUCCAUUUCCACCAGUUACUUCUACUUUUCAGCCCACUGCUGAUGUCCUGGAUAAAGUAAUUCAGAGAAAAGAAACAGUGGAAAAUAGCUUAAUUCAAUGGGUAGAGCAAGAAGUAAUGUCAAGAAUGAUCUCUGGGCUCCUUCCAGUGCAACAACAGGCCAUAGCUAAUGUCAGUGUCUCAGUUAGUGAGGCCAGUGAGCCAUUGACUUCUGACAUUGUGGAAGGAACAAGCAGUGGUGCCCUCCAGCUUUUUGUUGAUGCUGGGGUUCCUGUGAAUUCAGAUAUGAUUAGGCAUUUUGUGAAUGAAGCUCUUGCUGAGACCAUUGCUGUCAUGCUGGGUGACAGAGAAGCAAAGAAGCAAGGUCCUAUUGUUACAGAUGUUUCUGAGGAUGUUUCAGCAAGCAACACACACUUGCCGGCAAGAGUGUGUACCCCAGUGGCUACUCCACAGCCAACUCCUCCUCGCUCACCUUCAUCACCUCCUAAGGAGCAUGUGGUGGUAAAAACUCCAGAUUCUUCUCCCUGUGAUUCAGAUCAUGAUGUAGCUUUUCCGGUGAAAGAAAUGUUUACUGAAGAAGGAAAUGAUGUGCCUGCCACGACACUUGUUAAUACUCCAACAGUUACCCCUGUGACUACACCUCCUCCUGCAGCAGCUCUUACGCCAACUUUGUCAGAGAUUUCUAUUGAUAAAUUGAAGAUAUCAAGCCCAGAGAUUGCUAAGCCAUGGAGUGAUGGAGACCUACCAUUGGAAGAAGAGAAUCCUAACUCUCUUCAAGAAGAACUUCACCCGAGAGCUAUCAUAAUGUCUGUGGCCAAGGAUGAAGAACCUGAGAGCAUGGAUUUCCCCGCCCAGCCUGCACCUCCAGAGCCAGUUCCCCUCACGCCACUUCCUGCUGGCACCAAGGCUCCUUCCCCUAUACAGAUGCCAAGUUCUGGUUCAUCAACAAUGGAGAGUACAUUGAGUGUUACUGUCACUGAAACUGAAACUUCAGAUAAGCCCAUCUCAGAAGGAGAGAUUUUAUUUACCUCUGGUCAAAAAGUGGCUCCUAAGAUUUUAGGAGAUGAACUGUACCUGACAAACUUAAAUGAUAGCUUAUCUAGCACUCUGCAUGAUGCCCUUGAAAUGGAAGAUGAUCCUCCCAGCGAAGGACAAGUGAUUAAGAUGCCCUGUAAAAGAAUUCAUGCAGAUACAAUUCUUCCUCUUCUUGCUAAACAAAACCAGGAACCAUUAGUUUCACAGCAAGCAGUCUAUCAUUCAGAAGACUCGGAGAAAAGUAUGGGUGAGCUUAGUGAAGGACAGAGGCCCAGGCUGACAGCAGCAGCACAGAACACCUCAAUGGGACAUGCCACCUAUACGCAGCAGCCUGUCGCUAAUGCAGAGUCUUCGGAUCAGAAAUGUGCUCCUAAGCUACUAUCCCAGCGAUGUGACCCAGUUACAGGUGGUGUUUAUGAAGGUUCAUGUGCUAGUCAUGGUCCAGUGAGUUUGGGAGAAUUGGAAUUGCAGCCAAAUCCUCACCUUGCUUUUUCGACAACACUUCUUACAGCACAAGAAAAUGAUGUUAAACCAUCAGUAGCAGCUGAAGACUUUCCUCAGUACCAACAAAAGCAAGACCAGGAUGUUAAGCAAGUUGAACACAAACCAGUUCAAGUUCGUUUAAUACGUGUAAGAAAUAAAGCUGAUAUUUCACUAUCACAGCAACAAGUGCAGUCACAGGGAAGUAUCACCCCAACCGAAGACACGGGGGAAAAGUUAACAAUUGCGAAUCUGGGUGGUAAGGCAGUACCACUCUUCACCUCUCAGACUUCACCUGCCAAGAUGUCUGUGAUGCUGCCCUCGGUGAACCUGGAGGACGGCCCUCAGUCUCUGAGCGUCAGCACCAUUCGGGGGGACACUGAGUCUUCAGGAGCAGAUACCUUCUGAGUGGAAAGUGAGAGUUAGUCCAGCAUUUGUGCCACUGAUUCUGAGGUCAUUUCUCUCUGGUAUAAAACCAUCUCUCAAACUAUUUUGGUCCUUGAACAUAGUCAGAAAAACAAUUUUUUAUUUUUUAUUAAAAUGAAAAGUGCAAUUUAGGUAUUUAGGUAACAUUUUAAAAUAAAAUAAAUGGAAAUCAU